AUGGUGGGAGAAUUUCAUGUGUCUGCCAUGUCCGAAGGGUUACUAUUGUUCCAGUGCCCUUCGGAAGAGGCUAAAUGCCGAAUUCUCGCUAAAGGUCCGUGGUCAUUGGCCAGGCAACUGCUUGCCCUUGAGCCUUGGAGACCUAAGUUUAGGCCUGGCUGGGAUACCGUUACUCAGCUUCGGGUUUGGAUCCGGCUUCCGGACCUCCCCUUGGAGCUGUGGGAAGAAAGAAAAAUCUUAAAAAUUAUAGGUCAAGCUGGUACCCCAUUAUUUCUAGAUGACUGGAUGCUAAAUUCUACUCGUUUGGGGUAUGCGAGAGUUUGUGUCCUAAUGGAUGCUAAUAGGCUUGGAUGUCCAGGAACUAGAAUUCAAGUACAUGAUGAGGUAAUAUGGCAACAGUUUACAUACGAGGAACUGCCUGAUAUUUGUUACACCUGUGGGUGUAUUGGGGUUCCUCAGGUGAUAUGUGACUGUUCAGGCGUGCAGAAAGUUCAGAAUAUGGAAAUCACUGAAGUUAUGGUAUUCAAUGCUAAGGCAAAUGAGGAGGAGAAGGGAAAAGGGAAGCUUAAACGAUCCCCAACUAAGAGUCAAGCGAGAUCAAGCUCUGCUUCUCCACCGCAAGCUAAAUUGCCGUUACAGAAACCUGAUGAGGCCUGA